AUCUCUACUAUCCAUGUAAGCACACACGAUCAACUGGCCGAUUUACUUACCAAGUCCCUUGGCCGUCAACAGUUCGAACGUUUAGUGUCCAAGUUGAGCAUUCUCAAUCUCCAUGCUCCAACUUGAGGGGGAGUAUUGGGCUAGACCUAGGAGUAUUGGGCUAGCUAUAUGAUGUAUAUUAGGCCGGUUAGAUAUGACGGUUAUUAGGUCAUAUGAUUAUGUAUAUAUACUUUGUAUACGACGUUAAAGAUUAGAGGAAAGCAUAUUCAGUUUAUUCACACCUUCCCUCUGAACGCCAUUCUCGCGUCUCCGAUCGGCGAACGCUUGCUCCUCUCUCUGUCUGCUUUGGUAUAACCUUGAAAAACGGUUUAGUUUACGAUUAUAUUAAACCGGACAAAUUAGCUAGUAAAAUCCGGUUAUUUCUCCUAACCGGCUCGAAUCAAACCUCGGAUAAGCAGAUCAAUCAAGCCAAUGGUGCAUUGCAAAACGACGAGACUGCACCGACACAAUAGAAGUGAACCUAUGGGCCUUAACGGGCUGGGUUUGGUAUCUAAACCCAAUAAGAAAUUAAGAAGCUCUUUGAUUGAAUUUGGCGGGGUUAUUCUCAAAUCGACCGUUUUGCUUGUACUUCAAGAAAAUUAUUAGAGUAGUCCGGUUAUAUCAAACCGCCGUUAAUUUUGGAUUAACCAAUGAAAGCAAAGUUGUCAAGGGUCUACGCUGUACAUAGUCAUAGAGUAUCUUUUUUUUCCUUCUUGUAACAGAAAGUUCACAAUUAAAUCUCCCUCAAAACCAUCAUCUUCUUCAACCGCUCUGCUCUCUCCUUACUAACAAGAACAGAAAAUUCAUCGUCUUCCUCAAACCAACCGCUCUCUCCUUAGUAACGAGAUCAGAUCCAGUAUGAUGUGGCGCAACCUGAGAAACGUCGUGAAUCAGAAUCUCAGAGCGCGACUUUCUCAAAUCUCCCGACGAGACGAUGCCGAGAAAUCCACGCGUCUUCUUCGCCCUAAAAUCUCGGAAGCCACAGAGUUCGCUUGUAUCUUGAUAAAGCCCCGUGAGGUUUUGACGACGAUGUGGCCAUGUCGCUCUCGUUACGAGUCUCACGGAAUCUUAUUGGCGCGGACUCUCAAAUCGUUAGAUACUCAAUUCGCGAGAGGCUUUGUUGGAGAAUUUAACAGAUCUGUUAGUCUUCAUCGUCGAGUCUUUGAAGCCACAGAGAUCGAAGAUAUCUCGAGCAUCCAUCAUACGAAGAUGCUUCGCCGUGCUCAGCAAGUCACAUACAAGACGCGUUGGAUCUUCAUGGAGCAGCUUCUUCGUCCUCCAAUCUUGGAAGGCAACGAGAUCGAACUUCGUCCCUCCGGUGAACUGCUAACACGUCGGUGUUCUUAGGUACGAAUCUUGAUUGGCGUAGUUGGUAUCUGUAAUUCCGUGUUGGGUUAACGGUGCCAGGUUCGAAUGUGUUAGGCUACCUUUUCCUCAAAUUAUAUUUUAUAUUCAGUUACAAAUUGAUAUACGUUUACUCCUUGAAGUACACGAUAGUAUCUUUAGCGUAAUUGGUUGAUCUGUUCGAUAGCUAUCGUUUAGGUGCCAAGUUCGAAUGUUAUUGGUCACUUUUUCUUCAAUUAUUUUUUUAUCGUGUUACGAAAAUGAAAUAGGUUUACUCCUUCAAGUCUGCAAUUGAAUUUAUGUGGCGUAGUUGGUCGAUGUGAACGAACGUUGUACUUGAGGCGCCCGGGUUCGAAAGUGUUAGGCAACCUUUUCCUCCAAUUAUUAUUUAUAUUCAGUUACAAUCUGAUACAAGUUUACUCCCUCAUCUUCGCUAGAAUAUCUUUAGAGCAAUCGGUUAAUCUGUUCGAUCGCUUUCCAUAGGUGCGAAGUUCAAAUACUGAUAGGCCACUUUUUUCAAUUAUAUUUUUGUUGUGUUACGAAAUGAAAUAGCUUUACUCCUUCAUCUGUACAAUUGAAUUUCUGUGGCGUAGUUGGUCGAUGUGUUUGAACGCUUUUCAAGAGGUGCCUUGUUCAAACAGUGCUUUCUCCUGUUUUCCUAACCUGUUAAAUACUUUUUCUCCUUGCAGCCUAUAGAGUAUCUGGACCGGGCCUGGAUCAAAAGCAUGUCCAACAAGCCUGAUGAUUCACAUGGGUUCUUCAUGGAGCGGCUUCUGAAAUUGUGUCCUCGAAUCUUUGAAGGCUCGGAGAUCGAUCUUCGUCCUUGCGGUGAAUUGCUAACACUUUGCUCUUCUCUGGUAAGAAUCUUAGCUAAUGUAGUUGUUUUAUUAGCUACUUUUUCUUAGAGGUUAGAGCCUUAGAGGUGCCAAGUUCGAGGUUGUUAGGCUACUUUUUCUCUUAAUUUAUUUUUUUAUCGAGUUACAAGAUGAAAGGUUUUACUCCUUCGCGUUUUCAAGAAUUUCUCUGAGCUUAGUUGAUUUAUGUGUUCCAACUCUACAAUAGAGGUGCCAGGAACGAAUGUGCUUGGUUAUCUAUUCGAACGCUUUAUUAGAGGUCCCAAGUUCGAGCGUUCUCUAGGCUACUUUUCACUCAAUUUAUUUUUAUUGUGUUAUAAUCGACAUAGUUGUAAUCCUCCAAUAACUUUCGUAGGGAAGUUGGUUGAUUUGUUCGCACGCUGUUCUAGAUGUGCCGUGUUCGAAUAGAGUCCUGUGUUUUUCCCUGUUUAAUUUUUUAACGUCUUUCGAUUACCUUGCAGCCAAUAGAGUAUCUGGGCCGGGCCUGCAUGUCCAACAAGCGUGAUGUUCAUCCUCGGCUUGAGACAACAAUGGGAUUUUCAAGGUCCAGAUCGGAUGCUCCUCUCAGUUGCAGGGCUUACCAUACUUCUUGUCCUGUCCUUUCUCCGAGUGUCCUUAUCGAGGAAGCUGAAGUUGGAGAGAGGAUUAUAAAGUUUGAAACAGGCUUUAUUGCUACUCGGACAAAAGGAUCGGUAAUACUGAAAGAUGGUGGCAUGGUGAUUCUCGCAACCAUAUGCUCCCGUAGGAAAGCUAAUCAACCGUUUAAGCUGAUGGGAGACUACCGUGAAGAUCCAAGUGCCAGAUGUGAAAUGCCAACUUGGCUUGGUCGAUGCUAUGCCAUGGGAAAGGCUAUGUGGAUCUCUGAUUUACAGAGCUCUUACUCCCUUGAUAAGACCACAUAUGGGAAUGACAGUUCAGGUUUGUUCCACGGCUUUGUCAGUAAUGGGAAAUAGACAUUCUGAUAUUGCUGCACUAAACGCAGCUUCAGCGGCUGUGGCAGUAUCAAGCAUAGCUUGGAGAGGACCCUUUGGAGCGGUCAGAGUCGGAAUGAGCUUGGGAAGAAGACUGAUUGUUGAUCCAUCACCCUUCGAACUCUGCCACUACUUUCUUACCUAUGUGGCAACCAGGAAGGAAGAGCUGAUUGUGGAAUUUCAAUCUAACCACGAGUUGACACUUGACGAAAAGAUGGGAUGUAUUACGUUGGCAAAAUCACAGGUUUUCAACUUGCUAGAGGCGCAGGAUCGUCUGCGUUACAAGAAAGUAUAUCAAUACUUACACAUUAAUUAUACGGUGACACAUAAAUAUAUAAUACUAAUCAUAAAAAAAUAUUAGUUUAUAAAAUAACAAUACUAACAUCCGUACGGACGUACGGAUCACACUCUAGUUGCUAUUUUAAAAAUAAAACACAAAAUGGCUUCGCUCCGGUUCCAUUUACAUCACGACGAAACCUUUGCUUGUGUUGUCUACAAUAUUAGAUUACUAGCUAGAUAAAUAUCAGCCACAUUAUUAAGGCAUAUUAAGUUGUAGGAACCUUAUCUUACUACAAUGAGGACAACUGAUAUUUUUAAAAAUAAUAAGAACAAAUACUAAAAUUACAAUACCAUAUAAAGAAAAAUUGUAGAGUCGAGAGAGUUAAUCUCUUUCCUUAAAGCUUUAAACGCCACGUAGUGUAACGGUUUCUUAGCGCUCAGAUUCCCAUGAUACAAUUGCAUAUGUUUCUGUUUACCAUCACCGAAAAACAUAAUCUCUCGAACCUAACUUUGUGUUGUAAUCUCAGACACAAAAAAAAAAAAAAAUACUAACACGACUAUUCGAAGUAGGAGAAUGUAACUUUUCUUUUGGUGUUGAUGUGUGUAUUUUCUAUAAUGUUAACAAACCCUUUUAUAGAAAAAUAAUGAGAAGCACAAGUUUCAUUUUUCAACACAAAAAUGAAACUUCCAUUGUGUACUAAUAGAGUCUUUAAUUCUGGUCAAUUAUUCUGUGAAUGUAUUCCACAUUUUGACCAAGAAAUUAAAAAGUAAAAUUAUUAUUGUUUGACCAAUUUAAAUUAAAUAAUAUACUUUAAAAUAGAUUUAUUUUUAAAAUUUUAUGAGUAUAAAAUAUCAACAUAUAUUUGGUUUAUAAGAUUAAGUAAAUGAACAUGAGUCCAACUAACAAAUUAAAAAAAACCCAAAUCCAAGUUCAAAUAUCCAAUGUGUGUAUUUGCUACUUUAUACAAGUUUCUCAAAUCACACACAUUAGACCUCCAUUUCUCAUUCAAAUAAAACUUCAUUUUUGACAUAUGAAUACACUAUUCAUAAUGUUAAAAAUAUAGUUCUAACAAUCCCCCACAUGAAUAGAAAUGACUCUAGACACCAGACGACUCGACAGACUUGACUUCAUAGACAAGACUCGACAAGACUCAACUAAGAACUUUAAAGAGUACAAACGAGAAAUUCACUGCAUGAUGAGUUGGUAGCAUUUUUCAGCCUUAAACCAGUCAUUGUUAAUAGCUAUCAGAUUUACUCGAACUCGGAGGUGGCCAUGAUGUCUUGAACCCCUCAGACUUUGGUGUAAACCGAGACAAUAACUAUAACACAGUUUCAUUCUCUCAUGGAACUAGGUUCUCUGUUGUGUUCAUUUUGGAUGUGAACAGUCCUGGUUAAUCAUGAGUGAACUUGGAGAAUAGAGCUUUUCCUUCAUUCUCCUAGAAAUGGCCGCAUUCACACUCACAAGGUGAUUUGCCGUUAACUUUAUUUAGAGGAGUAUCAUGUACUACUCCAUUCAUAUCUCAAAGCUAUGGACACAAAUCAUUAAAAGCAAAUGCUUAUCUUUUAUUCCUUACAUGUAGCUAUGGACACAAGUCUUACAGUGCUUUGGGCAGAUUUAGUUUGACUUAGUUGUCUCC